AUGUCCAAAUGGCGACAGAAAGGAUUUGUCCAGGACUCGGAUGAAGAGGAGGAUGAGUCUCAGCUUGAGAGCCAGGGCUCUAUUCCUAACAAUGGCUUAAGUGGACGCGUCGAGCGCGUCGGAGAUGACGUUGAGCAGGUGCAAAAAGUCGAUGCAUCCUAUGGAGAAACUGUCGACGCUGCCGCGGAUCUUGAAAGGUCAAUAUUAAAGGAGACGAAUACAAUAACGCCGACGAAACGCACCUCGCCCCGACGUCCUACACCUUCUCCAUUUACGCCCACGUCGACGCAUACCCCCAGACCGCAGCCAUCAGAGAGUCCAGACCCGCUUCAAGCCUCUGCAACCCCCAAAACUCGGCGAAUUAUUCAACGUCCAUCAUCUCACCCGCGUUCCGAAUCGCCAACUCAACUACACAAUAACGUUGCGGAGCCAUCACAGGGUGCUCGGAACUCGGACAUACCACGAGAACCAACGUCCGCAAGCCAUACCAAAGAAUCCACAAACCAUUCUCAUGUUCUAAACGAGUUUGGAAUUGUGCCCUUGUCGGACGGUUCUGAAGAUGACGAGCUUUCAGACCCACCUACGGACCUGGAGUCGCCACCGCCAACCUUUCCCAUACCUCAUAGACGGACGACAGUCCAGGUUCUCAUACCCUCCUCGACUGCUUUACAGCGGCAAAUUGUGGAUGAAAGGGCAAGACGCGACUUCCGCCAACGAAAACCGAUUCAGUUGCAUCCCUAUGCAUUGGAGGGUGAAAUGUAUCGCAGGGAAGUCCAAAGCAGAGGUCUCAAACCUGUACGCAGGGAAAGGUCGCAUUCGCCUCAAAGCCGUCGGAGACAGCAAAAUGAUGAAUCGCAAGAGCAAGAAUUUAAUCCCGACGAGGAACCCACAAGCAGCCCCCCAGAUGUUGAGAUAAAUGUGUCUACUCCCACCGUUUCACGAUUGAAGACGGUGGGACAGGGUACAGAUUCAAUCCGUCGACCUACUUCCGAACCUACUAGACGCCUUCCGUCUACACAGCUCCGCCACCCUCACGCAGCAAAACGGAGAAAGCUCAAUAUCUCAUCGACACAGGGCGCUGAGCCACCAACAAGCAUAUUCGAAAACCCCAGUAUGCCGCGCGACUUGUGGUCUAUACCUCCAAAUUCUCCUCCCUAUUCAAGUAGUCCACCACGGAACGGGAACGCUUCAGUUCGCCAUGCAGGUAUAUUGCGUGCGACAACGCCAGCUCCCAACUUGCCAACCCCCUCUACCUCGUCAGUCAUGCAAGAGGACCCUAAUUCUUUAUUGGAUUCAGACUCCGAUGCUGCACCGCGCAGUGUGCAAAGACCUAGUAGCGGGCUUCGGCGGCCAGUAAGAGUGGUCCUAACGGACAGCUCAUCGUCUGCAGCCGAUUCUACCAGUGAAGCAGAGCAGAGUGAUAAUGAGUUGAAACAUGUAGGCAGAAAGAUCAAGGGUGUUUUGCCCGCUUCUUGGCUACGAUUCGAUCGGCAAACUCAAGAGCGACGGAGAGCACAGCAGAGAGAGCGAGAAAGAGUGCGUGCAAAUAUAGCCUUAUCCCCCGAACCUACUGCACCUGUGCGCGGAGUCGCUCAACGGAUCACGAAACCUCCAGGUCGACCUCGACCGUCCUCACUUUCUAAUACUUCAUUGAGGGACCCCGUCGUCAUAUCCGAUGGGUCCGAAGACGAAUUAAGGGCCCCUGUCUCACGCCCUAUGCAGAGUGCGCAGGACUCUGUAGCUAAUGCUUCGACGUUAGCUAAGAUGUUCGACAAUCGUUACGCUGAUGACGACAACUUGUCGGACAUGGAGCACGACGUCUUGCAUCUACCUACACUCGGAGGGACUGGCCGGAAGAGACAGAGUAAGCUGACCGACGCCUUUGGGAAAGCAAAGAAGGCAAAGUCGUCUGAUGGCCUGGCAAGGACCUUGGGUUAUGGAAAGCGAUCUUCUGGUGGCCAGCCCGGAAAGAAGAAGCGUGCCCAUUCUCGGAUAAUGCGCCGACCUUCACCACCAGCAAUGAGCGUCGUUGAUGUUGUUCACUCGCCAUCUGAACGAAGCGCCAAUGUACCACAGUUCCUCAGAGUAGCUAGGCGACAGGCACUUCGAAGGCCUGAUCUUGCCCGUCAAAGCCUGCAUGACAAGCAAAUACGACUACACAAUGCCGAGGAUACCAAGGAUGCCAACAUCACUCUUCAGCAGUGGCAACAAGGCGCUUUGAAGCCAAACCCAGGUGUUACUUCACAUGAACGAAAGCAUGGACACGCUUUGGUUGACAAGAACGACAAUCAGCAGAAUGCAGAGCAGCAGUCUGUCAAUGAUGUGAGAUCUGCCAACGAUCUUGAUGGACAAUCAGAAGCCAUGACAGAGGUUUCGCGUUCACGGAAAAGUGGAAAUAUGCCUCCUGGCCUUCACAUCUUCCAACGCUCUUCUACCAAAGAGACGAGACCUAGACGACAAGGAAAGAAAACUUUGCAAACUAGCAGCCAUCGCGGACGUCAAGGAAUGGAGAGGCCGUUGCCUUUUAGAACUGCACAGCUAGAAGGCGACGAGAAUGACUUUGGCCGUGACCAUAGGAAGAUUGCAUUUGAGAAAGGUUUACUAUAUGUCGACCAGCAGUUCAACAAGCAAUUGCCCAAUGAGCACCGUCUUUUCAAUCCGCAAUUGGCUCGUUACCUUGCAGAUGAUAGUCCUGAACAAACAAUACUUCCCUCUGUAACUGAUGCUGCGGAACCUGCGGCAGAAGCACCAAGCGAAUCUAUAUCUACAGCCAAGAGACGCCUUAAACGGAAGGUUCGAGCGCAAAGAAUCGACGUGGAUGCACGAGAGUUUCGUCAACCGAGCGAGCCAGCUGUACAAGAAGUACUGAGGACGAUCGAUGUCGUUCAAGAACAAGAACCUAACCCGGAGCAGGGCCUUCCUGUGCUUCAUGGUCUGGGCCCAUAUGGUACCCGAUAUCCCAUCACUUUCGACAUAUACUCGUUGGCAUCUGAGACAUACUUCCACUCAUCUACCUUGAUCGGAUCUGAUGAAUUCAGCCGAGCUCUUAGCAUCGGGGAGCCAGAGGGUCGCGAUCUUGACGAAGCUGCUGGAUAUUCUGUCAUUACCCAUGGGAACAAGUCCUUCCGAUGCGGUCCAUGGAAUGAUGAGACAUUCUCGAAUUUGCAUGAUUUGGUUGGGGAUGUGUCAGCAUUCAUGGUAACCCAACCUUCCAGUCCGAAUACGUCAACGGCAAACCACGACAGUGGCAUGCAUCCAGCUCGGUUAGUGCGGUCACUUAUCACCUACAUAUCCGAUCAUCUUAGCUUCCUGGAUCCUAUUGAUCGAAAAGAUUACGUGGUCAAAGCAGCGCGAUUAUGCCAAACCUUGUUUGAUGGCGCAUCAGCAAUUGAUGUUACUGGUGGCCAUGGGAUGGGUUAUGCUGGAUGUGCCAUGCACACUAUGACAUACCUACUAGUUCUCAGCCUCCAAGUAAACCACAUCGCCCAGCAUCCGACUGUAGACGAAGGCAGUCGCUUCGAAACCCUGACGCUAGUAAAGAAUGUCUCAAAGGCCAUUGUCUCUCGCUUGGUACAACAAGGUAUCCCGAGCUUGGGAUACUUUCUUGAGCAGAACCAACGACACUCUAUUCGCGAGAAGGGCGUGCAAGACAGUGAAAUCUUCGUGGAGAGUACGGUUGUCUGCAUGCACGUUUUAGAGAGGUUAAACAUGCGGUCAUGUGGCUUUUGGGACCUUGUCAGCCAAGAGCUCAGCUCCAAAGUCUCUAGUGCCACGCAUCUUUCUACUUUCGAAACAACGUGGGCUACACUCUUUACCUUCCUCCCGUUUAGCGAAAUUGAUGUUUCUGGUAUCCCGCUAAGGAGUCGAAGAGAGACUUUCCAAAACGACAAUUGGGCGUGUAUUCGAGACGCUCUCCGGCAAUUGUUUGAGCUGUACCCGAGUACGUACAGGAAGCAUAGUGCAUCACUUAACGACUACGUCCGGGCCAGCCUUGUGCGAUGUCACAGGCUUGUGACACAUUGGCAUUGGAGACGUCCGGAGUUGAUGCUCAACGCAGCUCUUGACUUCUUCGGUAAGAACGGUCUCAAGGGUCUUCGACGCGAGACAAACAAUGGGUCUGUUCCCUUUCUGGAUAAUCUCGCCAUAGACCCGCCAUUGACAGUCGAACCGAAUGAGUAUUCAUUCCACAUAGCGCUAAAGUGCCUUGCGUUGGGCCUUCGGGGUAUGAAAAAUGAUUAUCCCGAAAAGAAGAUACGCAGCUUUGUCUUUCGGUGUUUGCCCAACCAUGGUCGGGCAUAUCCGAAAGAUCAGCCCCUUGAUGAAGAGAGUCUGGCGGCACUGCGCAAUCACCAUGACUUGUUAUCCACCCUUUAUUGGGGCGCACCGCCAGCUUGUCGACCGAAGCUAGAUCACGUGCGUGAUCUUGUUAAUCACGAGAGCUCUCAUCGGGAGGCUUGCAGACUGAGCGUUCGUGCCUGGGCCAACCUUGCUACUUUCCAACUAUCCACCGAAGAGCCUUACACAUCUGCAAAGCCAUUCGCAAUCUGGCAUAAGGAUAUCAUGCAUCAGACGCUGAGGCAGUACAAACUCGCAAAAACUGAAGCCGACGACUUUCUCAAGUCAGGUGUUACCGACAAUGCCACAGACAUCUCAGCAGUCAUGGUUCGUCAAACAAUGGAGAGAAACCAGGAACAGGUGAUUGCAACUCUGCGAGAUUGCAUUUCGGGCAUGAGCAAGAUCAUUCAAUAUGCAAAGAAGCAGUCGUGUCUGAGGGAUUUCCUGAUCGACUCUGAAAUCAUGCAUCUACUCGAACUUCCUCACCUGGAAGAUCAUCGUCUCAUCAAGGUCAUACACGAUACACUCAAAGUCCUGCAAGACUAUGCGAGAUUACAGAAAACGCAAUCGAGCAAGGAGGUAAGCCAACAGACCAGCGAGGAUAGCCAAGAUUAUGGUGACUUCCCGGACAUGGACGAUCUAGACGACAUGGAUCUAGAUGUCCCAGGGAAACAAGCUCAACAGUCUGGUCUCGACUUCAUCCAGACACCACUCUGGCAUCUGCUUUCGAAUGCAUUCGGUGCGGAAACUGCACCAGACGACAUUCUGCUUAAGGACUGCGUCGAUACCUGGGUUUGCAUUGCUGAGGGUCAGGUGGCAUCGGGUGCGCGAGCUUGGUCUUACUACCUUGACUCUUUUAGCCAACUAUCGUGGAAACAACUACGGCAAACGGAGCAGACGCGCAAAUUUGGUCCCUACUUCAUGGCUGCUCUCAUCGACUGCGACGCGACUGCCUACAGAGAACAUCGAAACGAGUUCCUCCAAUCUCUGAUGGUAUGUCUGGUGGAGCGAGAGUCCAUGCUCAGGUUCCAGCAUCGACUACUGCAUGCUAUCGCAAAAGCAGAUGAGUACCACCCACUCAUGCAAAACUUACCCUUCUUCCGCGAUCUGGAAACUGGUGCAUGGGACAUCAACCCAGACUCCCUUCGCACGCGGCGCCUGGCACUGAUUUCGAGCCUCUUGUCCAACAUGCGAGACAGUGUCCAUGCAGCCAGCCGUGACGAGCCUGCGCGUACCUCUGAAACGAAGAGACUAUAUGCUUCCAUGCUCAGAGACUUCAUGGCCUCUAUGAAGUACAACUACCAGCAGCUUAGCCAGGGGACGACAGUCACUGGUGCAUACGUCGAGUUUGUUCAGAAGAUAGUCCAGUUCCUGAAGCAGUAUACCAGCGAUAUACUGCCAGUGCUAUCUUUUUUCACAGACUCGGUUGCCUUCCCGCUCCCUGCAGGAGAUCCAACUUACGUUGUCGCCCGCCUGUGCGGAUACGCACCAAAAUUGUCUGAGUCUGGAACAGCAAAGCAGCUGUCGGUCUUUAUGCAAACUGUAGCGCAGCAGGCUGCUGCCGACAACCAGCAAGCCUAUUUGGUGAAUCAGCUCACCACUGCGCUCUCCACUGAUGAAGCGCCCACAGCUGACAGGAUGGCCCUGCGAGCUGUACUACUGCAAGUCGUCUUCCCAGCAUACCUUGAAGAAACAUUUUCAUCCCUGACUGCAUUUGUUAUCGCUCGACCAAUGCUACAAGCACUACCAUCCAUCCUCGACACGACGCUCUUCGAUCUACGCGUCACGCACACAGACAAUCUGUGCUCAAUCACCAGCUGCAUCGUAUCGAUAUCGCACGCCUUCAUCCGCGGCACAGAACAACUCAAAGAUAACCACCACCUCCUCCAGCAUCCACACGUACUCUCUGCGCUCAACUAUAUGCUCCAAGCAAUGACGUCUAUCCUCGCACCAUUGGAGUACAUAUGCAGCCGCACACUGCCCACUACCGACGCUCCUCCACUCGUCACAUACGUCGACCAACUCAUGACAUACAUCACCGCAUUACUACACAACACCACACCGGACACCAUACCCUCAUACCCGUCCGACGCUCAUGCCGCGCCCCCAGACAACCAGCAUGCCAGCCUCCUUGCCUUUUGUCGCCGCGGCCUAGAAGAAGGCCUGAAAACCAACUGGAGCGAAAGUGCAGGAACACUGUGGUUCGGGCUUGGACAUGCCCGCCGCGAAGUUUUUCUUGAUAUCAGCAGCGUGGAGGAAGAGAGGCACAGAUUUGAACUGGAGCAUUAUGGUGGUCAUGAGACACAUGAGGGGUAUGAUGUUGUUGUUUAA